GAACCGCAUUCCAUGCUGCCACCUGGGUGGGAACGGGUCUGUAGAGAAGAUGAUGAUCUCAAGAGAACUCGACGGCGGGAGGUCUCACUCGGGGGUAUCCCCUCCAAAUCGACGGGCGACUUCAGUGGCGGGUUUGCUGUUACCGAGAGCAGCCCCGCUCAGCGGUAUUACUCACGCUGAUUGGUUGAAUAUGCCCCGUUAAACAGAUAUCCCCAACUGAGCUUCGUCCCUCGGAAUCCCAUCAUCGCCUUCGACGACAUUCGCCGCUUGCGCCGUGUUUUCUCCGCAUCCUUCUCCUACCGAUUCAGCUCAACUUCGGUUUGUUACGUUACGUUGCCUCAACAAUAACCUGUUUUGCUCUCUCACGUACCUCACCGACGACUACCGCUCUAUAUUGCUCUGUGAUUAAGAUGUCGACCGCCGCUCGCCGCCGUCUCAUGCGAGACUUCAAGCGCAUGCAGACUGAUCCGCCCGCUGGCGUCUCCGCAUCUCCCGUCCCCGAUAAUGUCAUGACCUGGAACGCUGUCAUCAUCGGUCCGGCGGAUACGCCGUUCGAAGACGGGACCUUCAGGCUCGUGAUGCAUUUUGAGGAGCAGUACCCCAACAAGCCGCCAUCCGUCAAGUUCAUCAGCCAAAUGUUCCACCCGAACGUGUACGCCACCGGGGAGCUCUGCCUCGACAUCCUCCAGAACCGCUGGAGUCCGACCUACGAUGUUGCCGCCGUGCUUACCAGUAUCCAGAGCUUACUCAACGACCCUAACACCGGAUCCCCCGCGAACGUCGAGGCGUCGAACCUGUACAAGGACAACCGCAAAGAGUACACAAAGAGGGUGAGGGAGACGGUGGAGAAGAGCUGGGAAGAUUGAAGGCUUGGUGCUCGACCAUCGGUCCAGGUGGGGAAGUCGGCGGGCUUGAUACUUGGUGACACGGCUGCAUGAUUUACCAUGGUAGGGCCAUGUCUAGGGCACGUGAUAUGAGCAUGGAUUCGACCCAACAUAGUCAUUCUCUUGUUCAGGAGUUCUGGCGUUUUGGGCCGCGUUCCUCUAGCAUCUGGAUGCAUGUUAUUCAUAUUGGGCGUUGGAAGUCAGAUAUUCCCCUUGUACAGGAGUUCGGAUUCGAUACUGGGGGGGGAAAGGGGAGUUAGAGUUCAGGCCCGCAUAGUCGUUACAAGUAAGCCUAAGUAGAUCUACUUUUUUUUACCGGUCACAUUAUCCCGUCUGCUCCUG